UUAGUCCCUGUCUUUGUUUCGCCGUCUGAACCAGGUCCCUGAUCGGAAAAAUUUGUGCAAAAAGUCCCUAUGAAUGAAAAUCGUUUGGGGCAAGUCCUCGCCGGAGCCCGGAGCUCCGGCGAGUGAUGAAGUGGCGUGAUGACUAGAUAAAAACUGAUGACAUGGCAUUAAAAAAAAAAUUAUUUUAACAUUAAAUUAAACAUAAACUAAUUUGUUUUAAUCCUCAAUUAACAAACUUAAGCAUAUUUCCCCAAACCUUUUCCUAAUUACCCACUUAUUACCCUCAAUUCCUAAACCCAAUCCCAAUUCCAUUUCCUAAGUUCAUCUGCAUUCUUAACUUUUCAUGUGAGAACCUAAGUUCAUCUGAGAAACCUAAGUCCAAUCCUUCCUGUGCGUUCGUUCGUUCUUCUGGCAAAGUGGAUAUACAUUUCUUUCCUGUUCGAUUUGGCAAAGUGUGAAGGGAUUUGCAGGAUGGUGUUUACCUUCAUUGUUCGCCAUGGUGGUUGGUUUGGAACCUCCCCUUACUGCCAUUAUUUUGGUGGUGGUCGAAGUGUUUUUCCUGAUCAAGAUGAAGAUAGAUGGUCAUACAUUGACACUGUUGACAUGAUCAAAGAGCUGGGAUACAAGGAGUUUAAUUUGUGGUGGUCAUACAUUGACACUACUGAGGAUGUUCCUAAAGAAGUGUUCAGGCCUUACAAAUCUGAUUCUGAUGCACUGGAAAUGGCUACGAUUGCUGCUUCAAAGGGUGAAGGUGUCUUGUUUGUUGAAAAUCUGUCAAAAGAGCCACUCUCAAUGCAUGUUAGAAAUUUUGAACCAAUUGUACCUUCUGUGGUGAAUGAAAAAGAGAAAGCUAGAAAGAAGAAGGCUCAACCAACAAAGAUGAAAACUGUUAGAAGGUCCCACCGGUUACAAGCUGUGGUGAGGAAAUCAAAUAACUUGGGCAAGCCAAGCCUAGUUGUUAUUUCUGAUGAUGAGGACUUGCAUGGUGAAGUCACUCUUCAUUCUCAGUUUCCAAUUGAUGAAAAUGUUCCUGAAAAUGGGAUUGCUCCUGAUGUUACAGUGUCUGAAUCUUUGCAGGUUGCUGAAAAUGUGCCUGAAAAUUUGAGUGCUCCAAUGGCUCCAGCUGUUGAUGAAAUUGUGCCUGAAGUCCAGGUUGUUCCUGAAAACUUGGUUGAAUCCGACAAUAAUAUUCCAAAAGUUAUUGAUGGAGAUGAUGAUCAGAGUGAUGUGUCUAAUCAAGGCAUUAGACUUGAGGAUAGUGAAGAAGAAAGAGACCUUCAACAAGAAGAUGAAUUAACGAACCCAGCUUUUGCAGAGGCAGAGGAUUUGUUGAAUAAGCAUAUCACACAAAUGCUUAAUGGUAGGUCUGCUGAUGGUAUGGGGAUGGCUUUUGGGGAUGACCCUGACUUUGAUGGAGGGUAUGAGAGUGAAGAUUUGGAAAGUGUGGCAACUGAUUCUGAGAUGGAAGAUGUUCCUAGGAGAAGAUACCCAAAGUUUGUGGAGGAGCGUUUGGGCCCAGAUUUCAAAUUCAUUCUUGGAAUGGACUUUGCAUCCCUUGAUCAGUUCAAGGAAGCUCUAACUGAUGUUUGUGUAACGAAUGGCAGAGAAUACAAAUUCCUGAAAAAUGAUAGCAUUAGGUGCAGGGUGGCGUGUAGAAGUGAUGAUUGUCCAUGGCUCAUUCUGUGUAGCAAGGUUGGUAACAAGAAAUCUUACAGAAUCAAAACUCUAGUUGAUAACCACACAUGUGCUAGAGUGUUUGAUAAUAAGUCUGCAAAUAUAAAGUGGGUGAAGAAGAAGCUGUUGAAUACAGUCAGGACAGUCAACAAAAUCAGCACCAAUGAAAUUGUAGAUGACUUCAGAGUUAACAACUCCUUUUCAUUACAUUCAGUACAUGGAACAUACACAAAAUACUUUCUGAUAGUACACAAGAUGGAACAUGAAGGCUUGAACAUGCCAUUAACAACAAACAAAAUGAAGGCUUGCACAUGCCAUUAA